CAACACAAUUCAUUCGACAUGUGCACUUCGUAAAGAUUCUAGUAAGCAGAUUAAUUAAACAGAAUGGAGGAUAAUAUGAAACAGCCUUUACUACAUCCCAACGUUAAUAGCGCUUAUAAUGACUCUUGUGACUACAAUUCCUUCGGGCACAGCGAUUCUUCUUAUAAUAAAAAGAGGCCUCAACCCAUAAGGAGACCAUAUCACUAUCCUUUUAACAAAGAAGGCAGUGUCUGUCAUGACAGUGUGGAAGCAGCUUCAUACCAAAGAUAUAAAUAUUAUAAUAGAUUAGCAGAUCCUGGAAUAGAUACGCUGAGUAUACCUGAUCAUGUUGUACCACUUGUUUUCUUUCAUCCACUAAGUUUUAUAUUAAAGAAAAAAGGAAAGCAAAGUAGUAUUAUCACAAUAUUUGCAAUAUGGAACACAAUGAUGGGAACUUCAUUGCUUAGCAUUCCAUGGACUAUACAAAAGGCCGGAUUUGCAUGUGCUGUAGCAUUAAUGGUACUUAUGGCUUGUCUGUGUUUUUAUACAGCUUAUAGAAUUUUAAACAUGUCAAAAUUGACUGGUAUAAAAUGGCCUCAAAUGAUAACAGUCGAAGAGAUAAUAAAUUUCAUGUUUCAACGACUAUUAGAAGAACAUGUGAUAUUCAUCAUGAGUAUACCUGAUCAUGUUGUACCACUUGUUUUCUUUCAUCCACUAAGUUUUAUAUUAAAGAAAAAAGGAAAGCAAAGUAGUAUUAUCACAAUAUUUGCAAUAUGGAACACAAUGAUGGGAACUUCAUUGCUUAGCAUUCCAUGGACUAUACAAAAGGCCGGAUUUGCAUGUGCUGUAGCAUUAAUGGUACUUAUGGCUUGUCUGUGUUUUUAUACAGCUUAUAGAAUUUUAAACAUGUCAAAAUUGACUGAUUUAUCUAAUAUGAGACUAGAAUUUUCUGAUAUAUGCAGACAUCUCAUGGGUAAAUGGGCUGAAUGGCUAGCUGUAUGGUUUUCUUUUAUUAUACUUCUUGGUGGUGCCAUUGUGUACUGGGUAUUUAUGAGCAAUUUCUUAUAUAAUACAGGAGUUUAUAUUCAUGGCUCUAUUCAUAAUAACAAUACAGUUUCACAAGAUACUCAUAAUUCAUCUGAUGUAUACUGUUUUCAAAGUCAACCUGUAUCUUCAAAUGAGACAGAUAAAGUGAAUCUGAUUAGUUCAUCUAGAAAUCACUCAGAAUCUGAUAUAUUUCACACAUAUUGGAAUCUAGAAAAGACUGUUCCUCUUUAUAUUGCUGUAUUUCUUGGACCAGUUAUAUGUUUAAAGUCACCAACAUUCUUUACAAAAUUCAAUGCAUUAGGAACUUUAUCAGUUUUGUAUUUAAUUGUAUUUGUAAUAGUAAAAGCUGUGCAUUGGGGAAUUCAUUUUGAAGUUCAUAAUGAAAAAAGCACUGAUUUUGUACCUUUAUUUCAGACAAGUUUUCCAGCACUUUCUGGUGUGCUUUCAUUGGCAUAUUUUAUUCAUAAUGCUGUAAUGUCAAUCAUGAGCAAUCAAGAAAAACCUGAAAAUAAUAGUAGAGAUUUAGGUAUUGCAUAUAUUCUUGUAGCUUGUACUUAUCUAACAAUUGGUGUUGUUUUUUAUAUUUCAUUUCCUCUUGAAAAGCAUUGCAUUGCUGACAAUUUUCUGAACAAUUUUGUAAGUUCAGAUGUAUUUGCUGUUGUUACAAGAGUUUUUCUAUUAUUCCAAAUGAUUACACUCUAUCCACUUGUAGUAUAUCUGCUAAGGGUGCAAUUCAUGCAUUUCAUGUUUGGAAACAUUUACCCAAGUUUCAAACACAUUCUCAUGUUGAACAUCUGUAUUGUAACAGUUUGCAUCCUCUUUGCUGUAUUUUUUCCAAGGGUAGGAACUAUUAUCAGAUUUACAGGUGCCUUUGCUGGAUUAGCUUACAUAUUUGCAUUACCAUGUUUGACAUAUAUGAAAGCAAUGAAACUCAAAAAUUUACUUACUCCUGGAAUAAUUAUCAUACAUUGUAUCAUCAUCAUAUUAGGUGUAGGAAAUUUCUUAGGGCAAUUUAUAGUAAAAUUAUAUAGAAUAAAACUAGAAAAAUUCUAUUUUAAAUUUAAUUUAAAUAAAAUUAUUUCUGAUUCCUUCUAUUUCAGUUUCAAACACAUUCUCAUGUUGAACAUCUGUAUUGUAACAGUUUGCAUCCUCUUUGCUGUAUUUUUUCCAAGGGUAGGAACUAUUAUCAGAUUUACAGGUGCCUUUGCUGGAUUAGCUUACAUAUUUGCAUUACCAUGUUUGACAUAUAUGAAAGCAAUGAAACUCAAAAAUUUACUUACUCCUGGAAUAAUUAUCAUACAUUGUAUCAUCAUCAUAUUAGGUGUAGGAAAUUUCUUAGGGCAAUUUAUAGUAAAAACUUAGAAUGUGAAUAUUGAAUAAUUAGACAACUGCUUCUUAAGAUCAUGAUUUCAGUUUUACAGCUGAUGGAUAUUCCAUAUUUGAAAUUUAGUACAAAAGUGACACGUUUAAAAUUAGAUAUCCAUACUUUUAAGUUUUUUCCUCCUACAUAAAGCUGCUACAAUAGGAUUAUUAUUUAUUAUUAAUACUGUUAUGUCUUUGUCAAUUUUUUAUGAAUAUGUAUUAAGAUUUUAAAUUUUGAAGAAAAAAAUAAAUUUAAAAUUUUUAUAUGUUUAAGUAUCAGUUACUGAAAAAAACUAAUUUGCUUUACAUUAUGAAGUAACAAGCAUAACACUUUGUAGUAUUAAUAUUUACUUAAUAUGGGAAGAAAGAAAGAAAAGAAGAAAAAAAAAACUGAACAGGCAAUAAGGAUUUCUUACUUUCCUAUAGUCAAAAUAUUCCAAUUCAGUUCAUUUUUCAUAGGGAAUAAAAUCCCAUCCUCAGUUGUAUUAAUCAAUUUUGCUUUAUAACUAAAAAAAAACAGUGAAUGAAGUAUUCUGUCAACAUUUUAAUAGAUUAAAAAA